AUGUUAAGGACAAAAACUUUGCUGGCAGCAUAUGUUAAGUUCAAAAAGAUUCUGCAGGCAGCAUAUGUUAAGGACAAAAAGAUUCUACAGGCAGCAUAUGUUAAGGACAAAAAGAUUCUGCAGGCAGCAUAUGUUAAGGACAAAAAGAUUCUGCAGGCAGCAUAUGUUAAGGACAAAAAGACUUUGCUGGCAGCAUAUGUUAGGGACAAAAAGAUUCUGCAGGCAGCAUAUGUUAAGGACAAAAAGAUUCUGCAGGCAGCAUAUGUUAAGGACAAAAAGAUUCUGCAGGCAGCAUAUGUUAAGGAAAACAAGAUUCUGCAGGCAGCAUAUGUUAAGGAAAACAAGAUUCUGCAGGCAGCAUAUGUUAAGGAAAACAAGAUUCUGCAGGCAGCAUAUGUUAAGGACAACAAGAUUCUGCAGGCAGCAUGUGUUAAGGACAACAAGUUUCUGCAGGUAGCAUAUGUUAAGGACAACAAGAUUCUGCAAGCAGCAUAUGUUAAGGACAACAAGAUUCUGCAGGCAACAUACGUUAAGGAAAGAAGAUCCUGCGGGCUGUAUAUAUUAAAGACAAUAAGAUUCCGUGGGCAGUAUGCUUCAAGGACGAUAGGAUUCUAG